GUUCGGGCUCCCAGGACCGUUUCUUUCCUGUCGAAGAUGGCGGACGACGGGAUAAUGGACGGGAAACGGCAGGGCGAACCGGAGGAAGCAGGAGCAACAGGCGGGCCGAGUGGCCUUGAGCGGCAGAAAGGACCCCGUUCAAGCGGACGGCCUCCCACCGUUCGGGAUCUGCAGCUGGCACUGGCUGGAUUAUAUGAAGAUGAAAUUAAAAGACAGCCACCACAUUCAGGCAGACCAACAGCUAGAGUUGCCAGUCAUCCCCGAUUACCAGUUCAAAGAAAUUUGAGAAAACCAGAAAGGAGUAUGAGUGAUGACAUGGAUAACCAAAGAUUUUACUCAGGUGAUACAGAAUACAGAAUUGUUGAGUCAUCUGGCAAUAUGACCUCUAGUAAAAUAGUUGAUGAACUUUUCAAAGAAGCAAGAGAACAUGGGGCAGUUCCUUUAGAUGAAGUAUCAAGAGCUUCAGGAGACUGCCAUAAAGCUAAAUCAUUUUCUGGAGGUGGAUACAGAUUGGGAGACUCUACUCGGAAGCAUUCUGAAUAUAUACAUGGAGAAAAUCAGUAUGGGCAAGAUGUUGAGAUCUUGCUUAAAUUGUGGAAGAAUGGCUUCAGCUUAGAUGAUGGAGAGCUGAGAUCCUACACAGAUCCAGUCAAUGCUCAGUUUCUUGAAUCUGUUAAAAGAGGAGAGAUUCCUGCUGAACUUCAACGACUAGUGCAUGGAGGUCAAGUUAAUUUAGAUAUGGAAGACCAUCAAGAGCAGGAAUAUGUAAGACCUAGACUGAAGUUCAAAGCUUUCAGUGGAGAAGGUCAGAAACUUGGAAGCCUUACUCCUGAGAUUGUUAGCACACCUUCAUCUCCAGAAGAAGAAAACAAACCUUUUCUUGAUGCCACUAUUCCAAUAGAUGCCACUGUACCAACAACUAAGAUCCAGAUUCGUCUAGCUGAUGGCAGUCGUUUAAUACAAAGAUUUAAUCAAACACAUAGGAUUACAGAUAUACGAAAUUUUAUUGUCCAGUCUCGGCCUUUGUUUGCCACAACUGACUUUGUUCUUUUGACUACAUUUCCACAUAAAGAACUUACAGAUGAAAGCCUGACAUUACAAGAAUCCGAUAUAUUGAAUACUGUGAUAUUACAACAGCUGAAAUAAACUUUAAGCCUAUCAGUGCAAGGUAGAUUCUGGAAUAGAUAAUGUUGCAUAUUGAUUUGCAAGAUUGCUUCAAAUAAAUGAGGAAAAGACCAAAAUAACUGGAAAAUAUUGUUUUCCAGUUAAAUAUAGCAAUUGACUUUUAAACCUGUUCAGUCUUCCAGUAACAAUUUAUCCAAAUUGCAGGUCAAAAAGUUUCGUUAAACAAAUGUUGAAUUUGUAUUCUUCCUAGUUCAACUUUUGUGAAUUCAAGUACUUUUAGGGAAGUGGGAAACAGGGAGAGAGAAAAAUAUAUUAACAGAAAAUAUAUAGAAAUUUACAUUUGGAAUUUAUAGGUAUGCAGUGGGAGAGGGUUGUGUAUACCAGGGGAUUCAUUUUCUGAAGAUUUGUAAAAAUUGAACUAUAGAAGAACUUUUUACUGUAUCAGGCUAUAGCUAUUGAAACCUUCAGUUUCUUAGUCCCAUUCUGUCACUUAGAAAUAUUUUGUUCAUAGGAUGUCUUUCACUUACCCAACAUGGUUUUAACGUAAUCUCAUUGUUGUGCUGCAAAUUAUUUUGUUUGCCCUAUCAUUCCCUUUUAAUAUCAGUUAUUAUUAACCAUAGUUUUAAGUGCAAGAUUGCAGAACAAAGUAUUUUUUUACUUUUAUUCUGUAAACAGAUUUCCUGUUAUCAAAUGUGAACUCCUAACUUUUAUGACUAAAAAGAGAAAUAUAAUAAAAUAAUAUUUAUGAUUUUUAAAGUCUGGUAUAAAAGAAAAUAGUGUGCUAUGUUGUAUUAAAUAUGUAAUUGAGGACCAAUGAAUAAAAUCACUUUGCAGUAUCACUUUUACACCUGGAUUUGAAUAGCAGUGAGUCCUUAAUAUGAAUCUUUCAACAACAAGUAUGUUUGUUUUGAGUAUGCAGAGUAGCUUCCGCCACUGAAAAUUAUUGGUCAUUGAACCUUGGAUAUCAUAAAGCAUUUCUAUUCCAGGUUAAUUUGUAUGGCUAGUUGCCUUUUCAAACCAUUUUCCAAAAGCUCAAAUUUGCAAACUUCAUAAAUCAAAAUUAAGAAUUUUAGUGGUGUCCCAAAUUUAACUUGUACUUCUGGUUAUAUUCUGUUGUAAAUAAUAAAGAAGAAAAUGUGCACAAACAGGAUGUACAGAUUAUCUUGGAAUUUCAUCCACAGGCGUAGAACACUGGAUUAAGAUUCUACUUGUAGCAUUUUAAAGCAUAGCAUCAGUUGAUGUAAGGAAAAGAACAGAAAUAAAACUUUUUUUUU